UCUUCACUGUGUUUGCUUACACCACAAGUGUGACAACUCCCCCGUCGUCGACAGUACGGCUGGACCAUACGUGGCCUGGCGUAAGCAGACCUGCCACGUCGAAUUGCUAUUAGUCCAUGAACCAGCCGCCGGUUUGAAAUUUGCUCAUUUCCUUUGCUGGUUCGACCCGGUCAUCACUAGUACUAGCAAGUACCGUCACCUCUCCUACUGCGCUCUAGAUCAACCAUUCGGUUUCAUUCAAACGUUCCCAAGUUUUACUUAUUACUGCAGUACUACAUAUACUUUCUGUUUCUCGAAUUAGAGCAUUCAGGUAACCGCCUGAACAGUACUGUCAAGGUCAACCUUGACUUUGCCUAGACACGAUGGUUAGGACGCGACAGUGGGGGCCAGUGUCGUCUCUGCUCGCGCUAACACCCCUGCUCAUUGGUUUACCAUGGCUUGCAUUGAAGCACCAAUUUUCGUUACCCACUCCCAUUGUAGAUCAAUAUGACCCCAUCACAUCACUCCCUCAGCUCUCUGAAACGACAAUUCUCGAAUAUGCAAAGUACCUAUCAGAGGACAUCGGAUAUCGCACGCCUGGCACGCGCGAACAUGCCCUAGCAGAUGCAUGGAUGACCCAGAAAGCUUACCAGCUCAAGGAGGAGUGCGAGCGUGUCGUAGCAGCCCAACCUGGCCGUAAACUCCAGUGUGAGGUGUGGAGGCAAGAAGGCAGUGGUAGUCAUCGCUUCGAUAUGAUGGCCGCGCGGCUGUACAAGCGUUAUGUCAACCUGAGCAACAUCAUCAUCCGCCUCAGCGAUGGCACCGACCAGGGAAAAGCUGAUGCCGUCCUUGUGAACUCUCAUCUCGAUAGUACCCUUCCUAGUCCAGGCGCUGCAGAUGAUGCGCUCGCGGUUGGCGUGAUGAUCGAGUGCGUGCGGGUGCUGGUAAAUACCCCUGGGUGGGAGCCAAAGCAUGCAGUUAUAUUUUUAUUCAACAACGCGGAAGAGUCCCUUCAGGAUGGGUCGCAUCUCUUUUCGACGCAGCAUCCCACUGCAUCUACUGUCCGUGCCGUCGUCAAUUUGGAAGCUGCUGGCACCGCAGGCCCUGAACUUCUGUUCCAGGCGACGUCCCAUGAGAUGAUUCAGGCGUAUUCACAUGUGCCUCGACCAUACGGAACGAUCUUCGCCAAUGAGAUCUUCAGCUCGGGCGUGCUACUCUCUGACACUGAUUUCCGGCAGUUCGAGUAUUACUUGAACGUCACCGGACUUGACAUGGCAGUUGUGGGUAACAGCUAUAUGUACCACAUGCGCGGGGACCUGGUGGAAAACAUCGAAGCAGGCGUUGCACAGCACAUGGCCGAAAACACAUUUGCACUCGUCAAGCACCUCACCUCGUCAGCCUCACCCCUCCCAGGGCUCGCGUCAGGCUACGGCCGCCCUCGCACCGUCUUUUUCGCAUACCUCGGGGUAUUCUUCGUGUACUCGUUCCGCACAGCUGAAGUCCUGUACUCGCUGCUUUUCAUUGCCAGUUGUGUGCUUGUUAAAAGUGCUGGUGGGCCGAGUGCGAGAGGUGCGACGAUGGUGAAGGCGUUGUUUGCUGUGGCCUUUGGGGCGCUGGGCGCACUUGUUGGAGCGAAUGUUGUGGCGUUUGUGAUGCAACGGGUGUUGGGCCGGGGAAUGAGCUGGUUUAAGGGCGAGUUUGAACCAUUGAUAUUGUAUGGCCCUGCGGCGAUGUGUGGUGCCCUCCUAACUCAGUUGCCUUUUGCUCCGAUCCCUGAAAAAGCGCUCCUGCACGCACAGCUCCUUGCAUAUGCGUUCCUGGCUGCAGCAGGGCAGCUCGCCGGUGUCGGAUCAAGUGCGGUAUUCUUCCUCAGCGCAUUGUCGACGUUUGGGGCCUUAUCUGUCGAUCGAGUGACUACCUACUUGAGUGCUUCCGAUGUAACGAUGAACAAGGCGGAAAAGAUGCAAGACGGAGAUGCGAAAACUGCGAAGGAUGGGAAUAAAAAGGUGGUCAAUGCGGAGGACAAGGACGGCUUUGUGAGCCUGUGGACAUAUGCUCUAGGCCAAACCAUCCCGCUGUUGACGGGAACUCAGCUGACGGCUGCGACUUUGGUCGUGUUCGUGCCGCUGACUGGUCGCAUUGGCUCUGAAGCUCCAGCAGAACACAUCAUCGCUUCCAUCGCGGCGGUCCUAGGCGCUUACACGCUUAAUCUCACCACACCCUUCGCUCAUCGAUUUGGUCUUCCAGCUCUGCGCAAAGCAGUCAUAAUUUCGCUCCUUGGAGUGGGCGUAGUGAUGGCAGUGUUUGCGAAGAAGGAUGUGUUUGAUAAAAGUCAUCAAAAGAGGUUGUUCGUUCUUCACAAGGAGGAUCUGAACACACGGGAGCAGCAUCUCCAUAUUGCAGCUGCAGAUGGCGCGCCUGGUUUUGAUGAGCUCGCACAUGACAUUACGACACGCUUCGGCGCAGACGGGGUACCACCUAAGGCUGUCGUCAUGGACGACUGGAAUAGUGAUUGGGAUACGUUAUAUCCGUUUUCAGCGUUCCUCUCCCCGUAUAAGAUUGACUUGCCUCUGGACCCUGCGUACGACGCGCCGUGGCCGCCAGCAGAGCAGUUCAUAGUGUCGGCUGUCAAUGAUACCCUUGAUGAGACUAAAGGCACGAGGAGUUUGACAUUGAAGAUCGAUCACCCGGGGAUAAUGUGGACUGUGAUUGCAUUCGACGCGCAGGUACUAGAAUGGACGCUAGAUAACAACCCCCCAGAGGAAUAUGCAAGACACCACAUCAAAGAGGCUUCAUUCUACGGGACAGACGUCUGGACGGUGGACAUGACGAUUAAGUGGCCAUCUCCCCCGAAUGCACACCCCAAAUCAUCCGAUGUGGGCGGGCUGAAGGUAGACUUCAUCGGGAUCCAGGAGAAGCGAAUGUGGCCCGCGAAAAAGGCUGAGGCAGAUGGGAGUCAGGCGAUGAAGCUGUUUAGGGAGUUUGAUGCAUGGUUGGAUGAGAAGACGGGUGGGAGUGUGGAUGCGUUGUUGAUGGGGUGUGUCAGUGGGCAGGUGGUCGUGUAGGUUGGGCCGGGUAAGGAAUAGAUGACGAUGAGUUAGAUCGUCGUUGUAACCGCCAUAAAAUCCAUCGAUUUCUCCUUUCUUUGGGAUGAAAAUACCAAGCUAUAGGUGAUGCGUUUGCAUUCGGUCAUGAUAUUUUAGAUAUUAUCAGUAAGUACACCUCAUGAUUCAUGGUGAUA